AUGGGAAGGGAGUUCAGUUUGGAGCUUUGUCUUUGGCCAUCUUCUUCUGCUUCAGAACCAACCUUCCAAUUCUCUGCAAUUCCCAUGAUGGCUAUGCCAUUGAAUCAUCAGAAGCAGAUCAUGGUUUUCAAUAAUGGAACAGCUUCAGUCUGUGACUUCACUGAACUCCAGGUACGAGCCAUAUUAGGGAUAGCAAGCCAAGAGAGGAAUAGCAGCAAGAGCCAAUGGUGGAGCAACCCAGAACGGUUGAGUCUGCAAAUGCCCAAUGGGAAUGCAGGUUUCUCCAUUAAGAAAUCUCUUCAGCGAUUCCUACAAAGGAGAAACACCAGAAGAAUUCGAUCCAUGUCUCCAUAUCACAAACAAUGUACCUAA